CCGGGAAACGACGUCACCCGGCUCCGGGGAGCGUCGUCAUCCGGCCCCGGUCCCCGAUACCCGGCCCCCGGCCCCGGGAAGCGUCGUCACCCCGCCCACGAUCCCCAGACCCCUGACCCCUGGUUCCCGGCCUCCUGCCGCACCCCUGGCCAAUGAAUGAGGCGCCAACGCCCCGCCCCCGACAGCCCCCUCGGAAGGAAGGUGGGAGGGGGCGCUGGGCGGCCCCGCCCCCGCCCCGCCCCCAGCUCUUUAGGCAGUGGCCGUUUGGCCCGCCGACCGCCUGGCAGGGCUCCCCUAGGGCCACAAGGCAGAGGCCAAGGGCCGGCUUGUGCACCUGGCGGCGGGCGGGCUGGCCGUCGUCUCGCCGGCCCCAAGCCUCUUCUGGGAUGGACCACUGUCCCAUGCUGACAGCUCUGAAGCCGUGGGACGGCAAGGUCAAAGUGACAGUGUUGGGGUCACCGGCACUUCAUUCCUUGGCCUUGGAGCGGUUGCCAGCCCUGGCAUCCAGAUGUCUCCCUGUGCCCACGUCGGGGGGGGGGGGGUCAGAGGCCCCAUCCAGAUGACCUGUUCCCAAGGCUUGGAUCCUUUUGAGGGCCGCCUGGGCAGAAUGUCACGAUGGACGAGGGGGGCACACCCCUGCUCCCCGACAGCCUGGUCUACCAGAUCUUCCUGAGUUUGGGCCCAGCAGACGUGCUGUCCGCUGGGCUGGUGUGCCGCCAAUGGCAGGCCGUGUCCCGGGACGAGUUCCUGUGGAGGGAGCAGUUCUACCGCUACUACCAGGUGGCCCGAGAUGUUCCCCGACACCCAGCGGCCACGUCCUGGUACGAGGAGUUCCAGCGGCUCUAUGACACGGUGCCCUGCGUGGAGGUGCAGACGCUCAAAGAGCACACUGACCAGGUCCUGCACCUCAGCUUCUCCCACUCGGGCUACCAGUUUGCUUCCUGCUCCAAGGACUGCACCGUGAAGAUCUGGAACAACGACCUGACUAUCUCGCUGCUGCACAGCGCGGAUAUGCGGCCCUACAAUUGGAGCUACACCCAGUUCUCCCAGUUCAAUCAGGACGACUCCCUGCUGCUGGCCUCGGGGGUGUUCCUGGGGCCCCACAACUCCUCCUCUGGCGAGAUCGUGGUCAUCAGCCUAGACAACUUCGCGCUGCUGUCCCGCGUGCGCAACAAGCCCUACGACGUGUUCGGCUGCUGGCUCACAGAGACCAGCCUGAUCUCGGGGAACCUGCACCGCAUCGGAGACAUCACCUCCUGCUCUGUGCUCUGGCUCAACAACGCCUUUCAGGACGUGGAGUCUGAGAACGUCAACGUGGUGAAGCGGCUCUUCAAGAUCCAGAACCUCAAUGCCAGCACUAUCCGCACGGUGAUGGUGGCCGACUGCGGCCGCUUCGACAGCCCCGACCUCCUGCUGGAUGCUGGCACUCCCGGGGCGUCUCCCAGCCGCGUCUUUGACCUGGGCAGCGAGGGCGAGGACGAAGCGGCCGGCCCGGCCCCCGCCCCGGAGCACCCCAAGGAGCGCUUGCGGCGCUUCCUGGACGGGCUCCUGGACGCGCGGGCGCAGCCCCAGCUGGCGGAGUGCGCGCUGGAGACCAAAGUGGCCGAGCUGCUGGCCCAGGGCCGCACCAAGCCCCCCGAGCGCAGCGCGGCCGGCGCCGGGAACAAGCUCCUCAUCUUCACCACAGGCUGCCUCACCUACUCGCCACACCAGAUCGGCAUCAAGCAGAUCCUUCCGCACCAGAUGACCACAGCUGGGCCUGUGUUGGGUGAGGGGCGGGGCUCCGACGCCUUCUUUGACGCGCUGGACCACGUCAUCGACGUGCAUGGACACAUCAUCGGCAUGGGCCUGUCCCCUGACAACAGGUAUCUGUACGUGAACAGCCGCGCCUGGCCCAGCGGCUCGGUGGUGGCUGACCCCAUGCAGCCGCCGCCCAUCGCGGAGGAGAUCGACCUGCUGGUGUUCGACCUGAAGACCAUGCGGGAGGUGAAGCGGGCCCUGCGCGCCCACCGCGCCUACACGCCCAACGACGAGUGCUUCUUCAUUUUCCUGGAUGUCAGCAGGGACUUUGUGGCCAGGCCGUCCUGCAGUGGGGCGGAGGACCGGCAUGGCUACAUCUGGGACCGCCACUACAACAUCUGCCUGGCCAAGCUGCGGCACCAAGACGUGGUCAACUCGGUGGUCUUCAGCCCCCAGGAGCAGGAGCUCCUGCUGACGGCCAGCGACGACGCCACCAUCAAAGCCUGGCGCUCGCCGCGCACCGUGCGCAUCCACCAGGCCCCGCGCCCACGCCCACGCCCCUUCUUCUCCUGGUUUGCCAGCCAGAGGCGCUGAGGGCCACUGGCCAACAGGAGCACCCUGGGUGCCCUCGAGCUGCUGGGACCCACUGAGGACGCCAUGGAGGCUGUGGCCUUCUCACGGCUGAGCCUCCGCCCAGACUGAGGAGGCAGAGAAACCCACUGUAGUAACGCCUUAGGAAGGGGGUCUGGCGGGACUGCAGGAGCAGACGGCUUGGCCUCCACCACGCUCGUGCACACACACCGCAUUCUGCAGCCAUGACGCUUAGCACUGGGGUGGCCUGGGAGGCCUCCUGGCUGACUUGGGGUGCAUAGGACACUGGGGGCCCCACUCUUCACCCACCCUUUGCCUGGGCCUGGGCCCUGGGACAGUCAUCAAUACACGAAGCUCGGCCAGCCCUUGGCAGCGAUUCCUGGGUCUAACCUUGCCCUGGGAACCCCAGGCUCCCCCUCUGGUUGGUGUGGGUCAGUCUGCCAUGGGCCUGGGUGAACUGCAUGUCACCUGUCACUGUUCAGGGCCUGAAUAAACAGUUGGCAACAGCA